CUUGUCAUCCCCAACAACCAUCCAUUGGUGUGAUAUUAAGUUGAUAUCUCACUUUCCCUUGAUGUUGAAAUGGCUCAAGUUUAGUACUGUCUAACUUGAAUUCCAACUUUUUCUCCAUUUUUUACAAUGCUCUCUUUUGAUUCCUCUUUUUAAGUGUUUGAUGCAUUCUUUUAUUCCUUGAGACCUUUCCUCCAUCAACUUCCUGGAAAUGCACAUAUAUUCACUGAAAAGUUCCAUCAUAUUUAAUCUUCGUUAGGAUUUGAACGUCGUGAGACAGUUCAGUUCUUAUCUGCCAUUGGUGUUAAAGGGAGAAUUGCGAGGAGUAGUCAACCCUAGUACGAGAGGAUUAGCAACAUGGCUUCAUCAAACUUUGCCAAUUUCAUCUUGUUUCUUUCUUUAUCAGUCUUGUUUGUUAAUAUUGUGUUAGUGAAUUCAACAUCAAGGCAUGCUCUAAUCAACAACCAAAAGGGAUUCAAGGUGAGUCUAAAACAUGUUGAUUCAGGUGGGAAUUUCACCAAAUUCGAGCGUUUACAACGCGCGAUGGCACGAGGGAAAUCAAGACUUCAAAGGCUAAACCUAAUGGCUAAUAAUUUGGUAGCAACAACAACCAAAGAUGACUCUGACAUUGUAAAGUCUACAAUCCAUGCAGGAAAUGGUGAGUUUCUCAUGCAAAUAUCCAUUGGCAGUCCAAGUGAAACCUAUAAUGCUAUAAUGGAUACAGGAAGUGAUUUAAUUUGGACUCAAUGCAAGCCUUGUAAAGAGUGUUUUGAUCAAUCCACACCUAUUUUUGAUCCAUCAAAAUCAUCCACUUUUUCCAAGAUUCCAUGUUCUAACAAACUUUGUGAAGCAUUGCCAAUGUCAUCUUGUGGGGAUAGUAAUUGUGAAUAUAUGUACACAUAUGGUGAUUAUUCAUCAAGUGAAGGUUUUUUAGCUAGUGAAACAUUCACUUUUGGCAAAAAUUCCAUCCCAAAAGUUGCAUUUGGAUGUGGAAAUGACAAUCAAGGCAGUGGAUUUAGUCAAGGUGCAGGUCUAGUUGGGCUAGGGAGAGGUCCAUUAUCACUUGUUUCUCAACUCCAAAUGCCUAAAUUUUCCUAUUGCUUAACCUCAAUUAAUGAUGAUGCUAAUAGCAAAAUUAGCAGCACAUUACUUAUGGGAACCAUAUCAAAUGAUGAUUAUUCCAAUAUUAUCACAACUCCAUUAGUGAAAAAUCCUUCUCAACCAUCUUUUUAUUAUCUUUCCUUAGAAGGAAUAUCUGUGGGAGAUACUCGAUUGCCUAUCAAGAAAUCCACAUUUUCACUCAACCAAGAUGGCACUGGAGGAGUAAUAAUAGACUCUGGGACAACCAUAACAUACUUAGAAGAAAGUGCAUUUAAACUUCUCAAGAAAGAGUUCUCUUCACAGGUAAACCUUCCGGUGGAUGACUCCAGCUCAACAGGACUGGAUUUAUGCUUCACUUUGCCUUCAAACACAAACAAUAUAGAGGUUCCCAAAUUGGUUUUCCAUUUUGAAGGUGCAGACUUGGAUUUGCCUGCUGACAAUUACAUGAUUGCUGAUUCAAGUAUGGGAGUUGCUUGUUUGGCCAUGGGAGGUUCAACUGGAAUGUCCAUAUUUGGAAAUGUACAGCAACAAAAUAUGCUUGUGAUUCAUGAUCUUAAUAAGGAGACUUUAUCAUUUGUACCAACACAAUGUGAUAAACUGUAGAAUAUGUAUGUGCUUCAGGUCUUCAUUUAUAUAUGUCUGUUUUCUUUUUCCAAUAUCUUUCUUUAGCAUUACAUAAAUUAUAUCAUUUGAAUCAACAAAGUGUAUUGCCAGUCUAAUUUGUUUGUGACUAUAUAUUUGUAUCACGUUAAUA